AAAGUCUUUGUGUGUGUGCAGUGAGGUAGCAGUACUAUUUUAUCUCUCACUGUACAAAUCCAAAACCCUUGCUCCUCUGUACCAAACUGCGGUUAACUCUCAGUUAUUAUGACGCCCUAAAGGGAAGAAUCACUGCUAGAAGAAAGAUAUCUAUUCUCCUCACCGGAUUCUCUGUACGAAUUCAUUCGAGUUCUCCGCCCUAAAAAAAUCGUGUUUUUUGGGCAUUUUUUUUACUAUUGUUCAAGCCGGAGGGAGAAAAAAAAUGGCGGAGGCGGCACGGCAGCUGACGCCGGAGCAGGAGAAGCAAGCCAUUAGAGACAUUGCUGUAGCCGCCGAAGCCCAUACCACAGUCGGCGAUACUUUCUAUUUAAUCACACAGAGAUGGUGGCAAGAUUGGCUUGAGUAUGUCAAUCAAAAUCAAACCGGUAAUGUGAAUGAUGGAUCGUCUUCUGAGCAUCAUACUUCAGUCAGCUCGACUGCAUUGAAGAGGCCGUCCUGCAUUGACAAUUCUGACUUAAUAGAUGAAGCGGUACCUGAGGAUUCUGCUACGGGUAUUGAACUUCUUGAUACUUUAGUUGAAGGCACUGAUUAUAUAUUGCUUCCAGAAGAAGUCUGGAAUCAAUUAUAUUCAUGGUAUGGAGGUGGUCCUCUGUUGGCUCGAAAAGUAAUCAACACAGGCCUUUCACAAACAGAAUUGUCUGUAGAAGUUUAUCCUUUACAGCUUCAGUUGCAUUUGAUGCCCAAAGGUGACCGUUCAGCCAUAAGAAUAAGCAAAAAGGAGACAAUUGGCGAACUUCACCGAAGAGCUUGUGAAAUUUUUGAUCUUACACCGAAGCAAGUAUCCAUAUGGGAUUACUUCAGUCAUCAAAAGCAUGCAUUGAUGAGUGACAUGGAAAAAACGCUUGAUGAUGCAAACAUUCAAAUGGAUCAGGAUAUCUUAGUAGAGGUUAUUAGCAAUAAAGGUGAAGGUGGUCGUUCCAAUCUGGAGAAUGGAUCUCUGCAUAAUGGAAGUCUAUCUGUUGCACCUUCACAGUCUGGUUUCCCAACUUCUGGAGGUUUAUCUGCAAGCAAGUAUACGUCAAGAAAUGGGAAUUUGGAAUCCCAGCUUCAGAACCUAAAUACAGAGAGAGCAUAUGGAUCUAGUGGUGUCAGUACAAGGGGGUCUUCUUGUGGUCUCAUUGGACUACUAAAUCUUGGAAACACUUGUUUUAUGAACAGCGCAAUACAAUGCCUAGUUCAUACACCAGAGUUUGCUCGGUAUUUUCGUGAUGAUUACCAUCAAGAAAUAAACCGACAGAAUCCGCUAGGCAUGGUUGGUGAGCUUGCUUUAGCAUUUGGUGAUUUACUUAGAAAAUUGUGGGCACCCGGGAGAGCGCCAGUUGCCCCCAGGCCCUUUAAGGCAAAGCUUGCUCGCUUUGCGCCACAGUUUAGUGGAUGCAGUCAGCAUGACUCACAGGAACUCCUUGCAUUUCUGUUAGAUGGACUGCAUGAAGAUUUGAAUCGUGUCAAGCACAAGCCAUACAUAAAAUCCAAAGAUGCAGAUGGUCGACCUGAUGAAGAAGUUGCUGAUGAGUAUUGGGCGAAUCAUAUUGCUCGUAAUGAUUCAAUAAUUGUGGAUGUAUGCCAAGGUCAAUAUAAGUCAACUCUUGUCUGUCCAGCAUGCGAUAAAGUUUCAGUAACAUUUGAUCCGUUCAUGUACUUGUCCUUGCCGCUUCAGCCUGCUACCACUCGCAAUAUGACUGUAACUGUUUUUACUUGCGAUGGAAGCGCUCUGCCAGCACCCCACACAGUAAUUGUGCCAAAGCAGGGUCGUUGCAGGGAUCUGAUCCAAGCAGUCAGUAAUGCUUGUUCUUUGCAACUCAACGAGAAGCUUCUUCUUGCAGAGAUAAGAGGCCACUUGAUUUACCGGUUCUUGGAGGAUCCAUUGGUUUCACUAUCUUCCAUAAAAGACGACGAUCACCUCACUGCCUACAAAAUCCCGAAAGUUCUCAAAAACACAAAGUUCCUUCAGUUGAUUCACCGACGUGAAGAACAGGGCAGUGGAAAUGCUCAGAGCACUCUCGGGUGGAAGCCUUACGGAACACCUCUCGUUUCGCCUAUCUCAUGUGACGACACUAUUACCAGAAGUGAUAUACAGGGGAUAGUUCAUAAGAUGCUCUCACCUAUGUUAAGAACAAAAAACUCGGGCGCUAUGACACCUGGCAAUGCAUCAUUGGGUGCAUCAUCGGAUCAGUCUAAACCGGUUUCCUUGCCCAAACUUCCAUUACAGUUGGUAGACGAAAAUAACGCCUGCAUUGAUUUAACCGUUGGUGAUGAUAAAGUGGUUAAAUUGUCCUCCUCGUCUAUGUCGAUUCUUGUAUUUGUUGACUGGUCUCAAAAGCUUCUGUCAAGUUACGAUACCAGCCACAUAGAAAACCUACCGGAAGUUUGUAAAUAUGGGCAUGUGAGCAAGAAAGCUCGUAACGAACCUCUCUCAUUGUACACUUGCUUGGAAGGUUUUCUCCGUGAAGAGCCCUUAGUCCCCGAGGACAUGUGGUACUGUCCACAAUGCGAGGAGAGACGACAGGCGAGCAAGAAGCUCGAUCUUUGGAGGCUCCCGGAAGUUCUUGUUAUUCACUUGAAGAGAUUCUCUUACAGUAGGUCGAUGAAGCAUAAACUAGACACGUAUGUGAAUUUUCCCCUUCACGAUUUCGAUCUGACAAAUUAUGUGGCUAACAAGAACAACACUUGUCGCCAAAUCUACGAACUCUAUGCCUUGACAAAUCACUACGGUGGCAUGGGAAGUGGCCAUUAUACAGCGCAUAUUAAGCUUACGGACGAGAACAGGUGGUAUAACUUUGACGAUAGCCACAUAACAGCGAUCAACGAAGAAGAAGUGAAAUCGGCAGCUGCUUACGUACUGUUCUAUAAAAGGGUGAGCAGUGAUAGAUCUUCAGCAAGUAAUGGAGUGUACUGUACUAAUGUUAGCAGCAGCAGCAGCCAAAAACUUUGACCUCAAAUAUAAUAAUAGCUCUCUACCAAGUUUAGUAUUAUGUAAAGUUAAUUUAUUACCUUGAUUACUAAUUACUUUUGUUCUAGAUAUAUAUAUUUAGACAACUUUCACAGGAAAAAUUAACAAGCUUACAGUUAUUAGCAGAGGUUAAGAAUUGCUUCUGAAAAAUGAAGUAUUGUUGUUGAAAUAGAAACCUGAGUUCACAUUUUGGUCAGGCUAAAUUAUAAAUUGCUAUUUAGUAUUUA